AUGGAAACUGCCGACAACAGCGCCGUUCCACACACGGAACGCCUGCCCUGCCAAAACGAUGACGUCAUAUUUCCCAAAGGGCUUAACUCGAGCGUGGCUCAGUUUAUGUUCCACAGCACAGACACUUUUAAAAGUUUCAAAAUCGGAAGCGAUUUCUACAAUACCGACGGACUGCAGGAGUUUCUGGAUUCAGAGGACGGACGGGACUCCUUCAGGAUAUCGAAAAGGAUUAGGGUAGAUGACACACCCUGUCGAGACCCUACCGGUUGCCUGUGUUCGAAAACAAGGAGUGUGUUGUGCGAUCGGAAACAACUUUUCGACUCCAAAUGUCUUCACCCCGUCAAUCCAGUGGGUUUCUGCUCCGAAUACAAGCUGUGCGGAGGCUACGUGUUGAUGAAAUGGAAGCCCGGUUUCAAAUUAUCGGCCAUUAAAGAACGACUCAAACGAUACACGUCUGACACGUACGCCAGCAAAGUUGCGAAGAGUGACAGAGAAUACAUUCAAGUCGUUUUCACCGAAAAAACGUAUUCUGGAAAUAGUUUGGACGAAAUUAGUGAUUUUUACAACGACCUUUUGCGCGACGGAAGCUCUCUGGUCGAAAAUGUUCAAAUGUUUGUUUCGAGUCCUUAUUUUGAACAAGGCGAGGGUUACCGGAACACCAUCUCCAUGAUAUUCGGCACUUUCUUCGGAGCUGCGCUCGUGUUUGGCGUCCUGUUUUUGGUGUAUUCGCCGAAGUUUUCAAACGUCAAUUGGAGUAAUAGGUUAAUAAAUUCCCGACCCCUAUCGAGCUACAUGUUCGCAAGGUACGACAAUUUGGAAGAUAGGGCUAAUAUCUACGAAGCCCCAUCAGUAGCUGGGUCGGUGCUGAGUUUGGACAAAUCCUUUGAGAAUCCUGUGUACGGAAUAACUCCUUCCACCAGUACGACUAGCAACGAGACCAACACGCAAAAAAACGACCAGAAGGAAAUUACGCCCGGCUCUCCUGAAGAAUAUUCCGAGAUCGAGUUGGAUGACAGCAAGGCCAGUUACGCGACACAGGCAACCGAAGAUGUCGAGGAAUUGUUACUUAAAGAUCUGUAACAAUUAAUAAUAAUUACUAAUUUAUUGUCUAACGGAUUGAUGAAAGAUAGUUGAAUUAGAAAAAAGUUGCAAUAUUUAAUAAGGUGCUGUUAAGAAUAAAAAAAAAUCGAAUU